AUGCGUAGAACAACGCGCUACGCUCUUGCCGCUCUGCCGGUCCUCGCGGCAGCACAGUCCUCCGAGACAAGCGGCGAGACUAUCCCCAUCACCAUCAACGGCUAUGUGACGAGCGUUGUGCUCCCCGCCUGGGUCGGCCAGGCCACGCCCACGGCGCCACUCACUGUAUCGGAGCUCCCACUCAGCGAGGUGUCGAGCAUGAUUUCCAGUGCCAUUUCCAGCGUGCAGGCUCAGUCGGGAUAUUUUACCACUACUGUAUACGGCGGUACAACCACAGCAACGUACACUCCUUCUUCUGUCUCUGCUUCUUCUGAAUCAAACACUGGAAGCACGCCGUCUUCUAUCAGCGGCACCAUCGUCCCCGUUGAAACUCCCGGGUAUCCAUCUGGUGCUUCGUCAGAAUCAUUCACCACUACGCCUUCAACGCAGGCGCCUAUUCCUACAUCAUUAUCGACAACUGGCAGCGAGGUGCCUGCUUCUUCUUCUGCUCCUGCCGAUUCUUCUGCAUCCGCUGCUUCUGCCCCCCCUCCUUCUUCUUCUUCCUCCGCUGAAUCACCUUCGUCCGUGGUAUCAGCAACUCCCAGCAGCAACAGCAACAGCAACAGCGACACCGCUACGCCCACAACAUUCCUUCCGAUCCCCGUGACGGCCUUGUCGUCUGCGAGCAGCGCUAUUUCGAGCGAAGCCAGCCAAGUCUCCAGUGACAUCAGCUCAGCCACAUCUGCAGUCGCGUCGGGCGUGACGUCUGCUGCAUCGGCCGCUUCAUCCGCCGUGUCAUCUGGUCUUUCGUCCGCUUCGUCCGUCGUAUCCUCUGGUGCUUCUUCUGCGUCUGCAGCUGCGUCUUCUGAUAUUUCGUCUGCUUCAUCUGCCGUCUCUUCCGGCGCAUCCUCCGCUUCUUCUGCCUUGUCGUCCGGCCUCUCCUCUGCUUCCGCCGCCGUCUCGUCGGGCGCUUCCUCUGCAUCAUCCGCAUCAUCCAGUCUGUCCUCUGGCCUAUCCAGCGCGUCCGCCGCCGCUUCUUCCUCUCUCGGAGCCGCGUCGUCUUCUCUCGCCGCUGCGCGCAGCACUUUAUCCACCGCCACUCGCUCAUCUUCCUCUUCAUCCUCCUCGUCUCCUUCCUCCUCCUCUUCGUCCUCUUCUUCCCCCUCUUCCUCAUCUUCAUCGUCGUCACCAGGCACAGGCACACCUACGACAUCCAGCGGAUCCAGUUCCACGACGACCGUCCCGCCAAACACGUCUACGAAUGCUGCCGCUGCCGCUGCUAUUGGCGGUUGGCUCGGCGCACGGCAAGGCGGAAACAUGCUCGCUCUCAGCGCAGUCUAUGUUAUUGUCGUCGGGAUGAUUGCCGGCGGUGGACUCUUUGCUCUUUGA